UUAUCAGGUGUGUCUGCUGACUCCUUCCUUCAUUCUUUUACACUGGCAAGUGCUGCUUUUAAUCUACAGGUUGCUACCCCUGGGGGGAAGCCUAUUGAUUUUGUUGAUGUUAAUGAGGCAAACACGCGUUGGAUCCAGGACUUCCGUAUGAAAUCCUAUGCAAAUCCUGCCAAACUAGAAUCGACGGAUGGUGCCCGAUACCAUGCAUUGUUGAUUCCUGACUGUCCUGGUGCUAUGACAGAUCUGGCAAACAGCGGUUACUUAGCUAGGAUCUUGCAGCAUUUCAGCUCUGAGAACAAACCCAUUUGUGCUGUUGGACAUGGAGUUGCUGCCUUAUGCUGUGCUACAAACGAGGACAAAUCCUGGGUAUUUGAAGGAUACAGUUUAACAGGGCCCUCUGUGUAUGAACUGAUCAGGCUGCCUCAUUUUGCCACCUUGCCCAUUAUCGUCGAAGACUUUGCGAAAGACUCUGGAGCUAACUUUAGUGCCAGCAAAGCAGAUGCAGUGCACGUAAUCCUAGACCGGCACCUUGUCACUGGACAGAACGACAACUCCACAGUGGCAGCUGUCCAGAAUCUUAUUUUUCUCUGCAGUAGCAGGAAAUGAUGGGGCACUGUCUCUUUAUAACCGAUGGAUAUGGAAAACCUUUUGGCCUUGGAGAUGGAUCAUUUGCUAAUGGAGAUGACCAGCAUCAUUCUGUUUGCCACCAUAAAUAAGACACAGGGCGCAGCAGUUUUUCUGAAGAUGGACUGUGUAAAGCUUGAGAAGGUAUAUUAAACUGGAUCGUAUGUAUUAAACUACCAGUCGUCCUGUGC